UGUGCGCCGCCCUCCGCUAUUGCCGGAAUCUUGUCCCAACGCGGCAUCCGUAACGUUCAUCGCCGGCUGUAUCUGUCUCUGUCCCACGUGUGGAAGCCGGAUGCUGCUGUUCCUGCUGCUGAGUCGCACACGCUGGAGAAACCAUCUUCCUCUGCUCAUGGCUGAUCCUCUAGUAAAGAGCGCCAGUGUGGGGCCAACUAGGAAGCUCCAAGAGGAAGCAGAGGCUGUGGGGGAAAAUGGGCACCAUGCAAAGAGGUUUAAAGCGGACAUCGAUGAGCUGAACAAGAAGUAUCCCAAGAGGAAAGUGGUCCUGUUGAUGGCGUAUUCGGGAAAAGGUUACCAUGGAAUGCAAAGAAAUGUGGGAUCUUCACAGUUUAAAACAAUUGAGGAUGAGUUGGUGCAGGCACUUGUCCUGUCCAGCUGUAUCCCAGAGAACCAUGCAGAAGACAUGAAAAAGAUGUCCUUUCAGAGGUGUGCACGCACAGAUAAGGGUGUUUCAGCUGCAGGACAAGUUGUGUCAUUAAAGAUAUGGCUGAUGGAGGACACAGUGGAUAAAAUUAAUAGUCACCUCCCCUCCCACAUCAGAAUAUUGAGUUUGAAGAGAGUUACAGGACGCUUUAACUCCAAGAACUCAUGUGAUGCUCGAACUUACUCGUACACGCUGCCUACUUUUGCUUUCGCACAUAAAGACCGUGAAACACAGGAUGAAAGCUUCAGGCUUAGCCAAGAAACAUUAGACAGAGUGAAUGAACUGCUUGCCCUUUAUAAAGGAACCCACAAUUUCCAUAACUUCACAUCGCAGAAAGGCCCCCGGGACCCCAGUGCGAAGCGUUAUAUCAUGGAGAUGCACUGUGAGAAACCUUUCCAGCAAGGAAGCCUGGAGCUGGCUGUAAUUAAAGUGAAAGGCCAGAGUUUCAUGAUGCAUCAGAUACGCAAGAUGAUCGGGCUAGUUAUUGCAGUGGUGAAGGGAUAUGCUCCUCCCUCAAUCAUGGAGCACAGCUGGGGAGAGAAAAAGGUUGAUAUACCAAAAACACCAGGUCUGGGUCUGGUACUUGAAAGAGUUCACUUCGAGAAGUACAAUCAGCGUUUUGGGAAUGAUGGCCUACACGAGUCUUUGGAUUGGGCAGAAGAAGAGGAAAAGAUUGAGGACUUUAAGAGAACACACAUAUAUCCUACAAUUAUACAAACUGAAAUUGAAGAAAAGUCCAUGGCAAGCUGGCUUGCCACAUUAUCCAUUCAUGACUAUGAGGCCACCUCGCAGCAGAAUGUGAAUAGCCAUAAGGUGGAGGGAGCAACAGUUGUGCAGAGUGAUGACGGAGGAGACUCUGACUGAUGCAGAAUUGUCUGUAAUCUUGCUACACUAUUCCUGAGGUUACAGCUCUUUGCCGGAAAGUGCAUGACCACUCUGCGGAUUAAUAACUUGUGAUUGGGAACAUUGUAUAUCUGUUUUUAAACAACUCUUGUGCAAGAUGCUGCUCUCCCCACCCCACCCUUUUUCUUUUUUCUUUUUUCUUUUCCUUUCUUUCUUUUUUUUUUUUUCUCUUUUAGUACAACUUGUUUUUGUACUUUUAUUUCCCCCUGCCUUACAAUAUGUAAUCAUGUGGGUGAAUAGAUGGAAUGUACUACGUAACUUUCUAAUGGCUUAGAGACCAUUACAUAUCCAUAUACAGUCGACCCUGGUUAAGUGGGAUCUCAAGGGAUGGCACAUUUAUUUUCUCAAAGAGGUAUCUCACUUAUCCGGUUUCUCAUUUAACCAGGUUUGUCUCGCUUAUAGAGGAUCUCACGUAUGCAGGUUCAAACAGGAUACCCCCUGUAAGUCCAGGUACAGGGUAUUGCCUAGGGACUUGUGAAAACCUGUACUGUACUUAUCCCAUUACAACAGGUUCUAAAGGCGGUCGUCUCAUUUAUAGAGGUGAUUAUUCCUAAUAAUUGAGAAAAAUCAGUCUCCGUUAAAGAGGUUUGACAGUCUCACUAACAGGUUUUUAUUUUGGUGCUGAAAUGCCGGGAUCUCACAAUUAGUCCCAGUAAUAGAGGUUUCCCACGUAUCCAGGUCCCACUUAUCCAGGUUUAACUGUAUACGAGAAGACUGAAAGCAGCUGAUGGCUCAGCAGUAUAAUAGAGAAGCAGCAUAGGUUAGGGGAUGUUAUUUCUUUUGUCGUGCCUUGAAGAUAAGUACUUUCAAAAGUAAAUGAAAUACUUUAUAGCAUUUUCAAUUGGAAAUUUUGAAAGCCUUUCACUAAACGUUAAUUUCCAAUUUAGGCUUGUGCCAUCAGACACUUAUGCCAAAACUUGAUAUUAUGUGAUUGUACACUAUAGGCCUAAUUCAGCUGCUAACAUUCUAUACAACAUCUGCUGUUGUGGAUAAGUGGCUUGAAAGGUACAUGUAGUGCUGCAAGCUCUUAAUAGCUGUGUAAAGUGUAAUAACACAACUUUUUUUAAUAAACACAGUUUGAACA